UGUUUUGGAAUGGAGUGUCAUUUAUGUUAAAAUUCCAUAUGUCCAGUUUUGCUAUUCGUCGUUGUACGGUAGGUAGUCACGUGAUAUUUAAAUACAACAGAAAAGCGCGCCCCACUAGUAAGAAGGGUGAAAUGCUGAACAUGUGGCCAACACGCUCCAACCAAGGCCUACGUACAUACGUACGAACACUCAGGGUAAGAACAACGUGACGUGAUUUUGUGUUUGCAACUAGAUACAACGAACAUCGUAUCGCCUAUUAACGAAGAGACAACGACAACGGACUCGAGUUAUACAGAAGAAUGAAACAAUCGACAGACUACGCAAAAUCUUGCACGUCGAACGGUGGAACGUGUAGGUUAUGCCUUCGUGCUGGGGACUGUUUAGUGCCGAUAUUCGCCGAGGAUGAAACAUCUAAACAGCUGCUUUCUCGUAUUUUGGAUUGCUGUCCCAUCACGCUGCUCGAAAACGACGACCUGCCGAAGACGAUCUGUCGCGAGUGCGAGAGAAAGAUAGCAGUCACGUUCGAGUUUCGCGAACUAUGCAGGAAAACGGAACGCAUCUUGAAAUUGCACUACGAUUUGCGCCGCACGAACGAAUCCAACUGGAGAAUCACGUCGGAUUGCAACGUUGGAAAGGACUCGAAAGCAGAGGAGGAUGGGUCGGCGUACAAACGAACAGACGAGAAGAACGAGCAAGCGUUCGAAGGAGAACAGCAGGACUGGAAUGGCGUUUGGAGAAAUUCGAAAAUGGUCGGUAGCGAACAGGCGGCAGAAGAGAACGACGAAGACGACGCGACAGGAAAAGACAGCGGCGGCGUCGAUGGUAGCAGCAGUAAUGUGCAAAGUCACGGUGACGCAGUGGCAUCUGUGGCAGAAACGCGAUACCUGUGCGACGUCUGCAGCAAAACGUUCGCCUCCAAGUCCGGGCUGCGAUUUCACAUGAAGUCGCACGGUUCAGCCGCGAAGGCUCAUCCGUGCCGAUACUGCGGCAAAGGAUUCGCGAUACCGAGUUACGCGAGAAGGCACGAGAGAAUUCACGCCGGUGACAAACGAUUCGUCUGUCAUUUUUGUAGCGCGACGUUCGCCUCCUCGAACGGUUUGAAAUACCAUUUGAGGCUGCAUUCCGGCGAGGCGAAUUACCACUGCGAAACUUGCGGCAAGUCCUUCUAUCGACGAAAGUAUUUAAACGAGCACGUGUUCACGCACACGGGGGAGAGACCGUACGUUUGCAAGGCAUGUGGCGCUUCUUACGCGAGUUCUGGCAGUCUGUUCGUCCAUCAAAAACGAUGCAAGAAUAAAUAGAACAAAGUGUACACUUUAUUCUAUAAACAAGCGAAUUUAUCCU